AUUGUCUAAUCUCUCCCCCCAAGAUUAAUUAAAUCUUUACUCAAUUCGUCAUUUCCUUCUUCUCAUCAAAUAUCUGCACCGUCUUGAUGAGUAGCCUAGCUGCCUUCAUUCUCGACUUGCCCCACAUUUUUCUUGGGAAGUUUGUUUAUAUUUUAUUCCGCUUAUAAGAUUAUUGAUUACUCUUCCUCAGCUGAAACGCAGUCGUUUCCAAGCUUCUUCAUUGAUCAUCAGAGUUUAUAUUGAGGACAGCUUUUAGACAUUUAUGAUAGAGGGUAGCCAGUUUAAUGCUCGAAAUUAAGAAGAAUACACUUUAAUCUCUAAAGCUGAUGGAGCACAGCUAGCAUCAUUGGCCUCUGAAAGGUCCAGACUACUCACAUGAGUUCGUAUUGUGCAGAUUUUGAUCAAUUUUGUUUGCUUUAAUUCCUCAAGGCAUCAACAUAUUGCUAUUCCCUGCUGCUGAAAUUUGUAGUUGAGGAACGUCUAUUUCUAAAUCAUGCCAUCUCUUCAGCUUUUACAGUUAACUGAGCAUGGCAGAGGCCUAUUGGCCUCAAGAAGGAAAUCUCUACUGGUUGCAGCUGGUAUUGUUGCCGCUGGUGGGACUGCUGCCGCAUACAUGCACUUGCGAAGCACUACUAAACAGCAUAGUUCUUUGGGUCAUUACGAUGUACUGACUAACAGCGAAGUUCAAUCAGAGAAAAAGGAUGGGAAAUCUAGUGUUGUGAAAAAGAGUAGGCAAAAGAAAGGAGGAUUGAGGUCACUCCAUGUGCUAGCUAGAAUCCUUUUAUCCCGCAUGGGACAAGCGGGUGCAAGGGAUCUUUUUGCAUUGGUGACCACAGUGGUCUUACGAACUGCUGCAAGCAACAGAUUGGCGAGAGUGCAAGGAUUCCUAUUUCGUGCUGCUUUUCUUCGACGUGUACCAACAUUUUUCCGUCUUAUUUUUGAAAAUGUCUUGCUAUGUUUCCUUCAGUCAACUUUGCAUUCUACCUCAAAGUACAUAACAGGGACCUUAAGUUUGCGGUUCAGAAAGAUACUGACAAAGCUCAUCCAUGAUCAAUAUUUUCAGAAUAUGGUAUACUACAAGAUAUCCCAUGUUGAUGGUCGGAUAAGUAACCCUGAACAAAGAAUUGCUAGUGAUGUUCCAAGGUUCUGCUCAGAGUUGAGUGACCUUGUACAGGAGGAUCUCAUUGCUGUUACUGAUGGUCUACUUUAUGCUUGGCGAUUGUGCUCAUAUGCUAGCCCAAAAUACAUCUUCUGGAUACUGGCUUAUGUCUUGGGUGCAGGAGCGAUGAUACGAAACUUUUCGCCUGCAUUUGGGAAACUAAUGUCCAAAGAACAACAAUUGGAAGGGGAGUAUAGGCAGCUGCAUUCACGAUUGAGGACACAUGCCGAAAGCAUUGCAUUUUAUGGUGGUGAAAAUAGAGAAGAUUCUCAUAUUCAACAGAAGUUUAAGAAUCUGGUUCGCCAUAUGAGUGUGGUCCUUCAUGAUCAUUGGUGGUUUGGCAUGAUUCAGGACUUCUUAUUGAAGUAUCUUGGUGCUACUGUUGCUGUUAUCCUGAUUAUUGAGCCCUUCUUUUCGGGAAAACUAAGACCUGACUCUUCAACUUUAGGUCGUGCAGAGAUGUUAAGUAAUCUAAGAUAUCAUACAAGUGUCAUAAUAUCACUGUUCCAGUCCCUUGGCACUCUUUCCAUAAGUUCAAGAAGGUUGAACCGUUUAAGUGGGUAUGCAGAUCGCAUUUAUGAACUGAUGGCUAUAUCUAGAGAACUUGGUCCACGUGAUGUAUCUUCUUCACAAACAAAUGGGACCAAGAAUUAUGUUAGUGAAGCAAAUUAUAUUGAGUUUGACAAUGUCAAGGUUGUUACUCCAACGGGUAAUGUGUUGGUGGAGGACUUGUCUCUAAGGGUUGAAACAGGAUCUAAUCUUUUGAUAACAGGACCAAAUGGUAGUGGCAAGAGCUCACUUUUCCGAGUUUUAGGAGGCCUCUGGCCGCUAGUGUCAGGACAUAUUGUUAAACCUGGAGUUGGUUCUGAUCUUAAUAAAGAAAUCUUCUAUGUGCCACAACGACCAUACACAGCUGUCGGAACUUUACGAGACCAGUUAAUCUAUCCUCUUACUGCAGACCAAGAGGUUGAAACUCUGACACGUGAUGGAAUGGUUGAUCUACUGAAAAAUGUUGAUCUUGAAUAUCUGUUGGAUAGAUACCCGCCUGAGAAAGAGGUAAACUGGGGUGAUGAAUUAUCUCUAGGGGAGCAACAAAGGUUGGGAAUGGCUAGACUCUUUUACCAUAAACCCAAAUUUGCUAUUCUUGAUGAGUGUACCAGUGCUGUGACAACUGAUAUGGAAGAACGCUUCUGUGCUAAAGUUCAAGACAUGGGAACGUCGUGUAUAACAAUAUCACAUCGUCCUGCACUGGUUGCAUUCCAUGAUGUAGUCUUGUCUUUGGAUGGUGAAGGAGGCUGGAGCGUUCACUAUAAGAGGGCAGAUUCUCCAGCUCUUGCUGAAUCUGAGUUCAAUAAGCAGAAGCACUCUGAAACAGACCGCCAAAGUGAUGCAAUGACAGUUCAACGUGCUUUUGCCAACAAAAGAAAGGAUUCAGCAUUUUCGGAUUCAAAGUCUCAAUCAUAUUUUCCUGAGCUGUUAGCAGCAUCUCCAAUUGAAGAUAAGUGCCCACUCCCUCUCUUUCCGCAACUGCAAAUUGUUCCUACAGCAUUGCCUCGUAGAGUAGCUGCUAUGUCUAAAGUUCUGGUUCCCACGUUGCUUGAUAAACAGGGGAUACAGCUUCUUGCAGUUGCUGUGCUUGUGGUAUCUAGAACUUGGAUUUCUGAUCGCAUUGCCUCUUUGAAUGGGACAACUGUUAAGUAUGUGUUGGAGCAAGAUAAGGCAUCCUUCAUUCGGUUGAUUGGUGUCAGCAUCCUCCAAAGUGCAGCAUCUUCUUUUAUUGCACCAUCUCUAAGGCACUUGACGUCAAUGCUGGCUCUUGGGUGGAGAAUACGCUUGACCAAGCAUUUGUUAAAGAAUUACUUGAGGAAGAAUGCAUAUUAUAAGGUGUUUCACAUGUCCUGCAAGAACAUUGAUGCAGAUCAAAGAUUAACACAAGAUCUAGAGAAAUUAACGACUGACCUGUCUGGCUUAGUUACUGGCAUGGUAAAGCCUACUGUCGACAUUUUGUGGUUCACGUGGAGAAUGAAGCUAUUAACUGGUAGAAGAGGAGUUGCUAUUCUAUAUGCUUAUAUGUUAUUGGGUUUGGGUUUCCUAAGGAUUGUGACUCCUGAUUUUGGUGACCUGGCAAGUAAAGAGCAACAGUUGGAAGGAACCUUCAGGUUCAUGCAUGAGAGACUUCGUACACAUGCUGAAUCUGUUGCUUUCUUUGGGGGUGGUGCUCGAGAAAAGGAGAUGGUUGAAUCGAGAUUCAGGGAACUUCUUUACCAUUCAGCAUUGCUUCUUAGGAAGAAAUGGCUGUUUGGUGUACUGGAUGACUUUAUUACAAAGCAACUUCCACAUAAUGUGACUUGGGGAUUAAGCCUGUUGUACGCUCUGGAACACAAGGGUGACCGAGCCUUGACUGCGACCCAAGGAGAGUUGGCACAUGCAUUGCGGUUCUUAGCGUCAGUUGUGUCUCAGAGCUUUUUAGCUUUUGGUGACAUUCUUGAGCUUCAUAGAAAGUUCCUUGAGCUUUCUGGUGGCAUCAAUCGAAUAUUUGAGCUGGAAAAGCUUUUAGAUACUGCUCAAGACGGGGAAUCUUUUUCGAGCUCUUCAUUGCCAUCUCUAGAGACAGAACCUCUGUCAGAUGAUAUCAUUUCUUUCUCCGGGGUAGAUAUAAUUACUCCAGCACAAAAAGUGAUGGCUAGGCAGUUGAACUGUGACAUUGUGGCGGGCAAAAGCCUUCUUGUUACUGGUCCAAAUGGAAGUGGGAAAAGUUCCGUCUUCAGAGUUCUUCGAGGUCUUUGGCCGGUUGUUAGUGGAAAGCUGGUUAAACCAACUCAACAGGUCAACUCUAGAUCUGGUUGCAGUAUCUUCUAUGUUCCUCAGCGCCCAUAUACAUGCUUGGGAACCCUAAGAGAUCAAAUCAUAUAUCCUCUAUCACAAGAGGAGGCAGAAAGAAGGGUUUUAUACUCAAUAGAUAAAGGUCAAAAGCUUGUGGGAACUGCUAAAAUUUUGGAUGAACAUUUAAAAUCUAUACUCGAAAACAUUAAACUAGUCUAUCUUCUGGAAAGGGAAGGUGGCUGGGAUGCUAACCAGAAUUGGGAAGACAUCUUAUCCCUCGGUGAACAGCAGAGAUUGGGCAUGGCACGCUUAUUUUUUCACAAGCCACGAUUUGGAAUACUUGACGAGUGCACCAAUGCUACAAGUGUUGACGUUGAAGAGCAUCUUUAUAGGCUUGCAAAUGAAAUGGGAAUCACAGUUGUUACAUCAUCACAGCGACCUGCAUUGAUACAAUUCCAUUCGCGGGAAUUACGUUUGAUUGAUGGUGAGGGCAAGUGGGAGCUUCGUUCCAUUGAGCAAUGAGAGAACGUUGCUUUCUGUCAUUGCCCUUUGCCGGUUCCGAUUAAAUGCUGUAAAUGGACGUGGCCAGUGAGGUUGGUACAAGUUCAUAAUGCUUCCACUAGGUUGGUAAAUUUUCUAGAACAGGGUGAUGACGCGAAAGGUGCACAUGAAGAUAACAGGUACUCCUAUCAGAUUCGUUCGAGGCAAAAUAGGUUUUUUAAAGGGCACACUUAUUAUUAGUUGAUAUCGAGUUUAGAAAACUAGGUUUAGAAUUAUACAAGCAUUUCAUUAUUAAUUGUAACAUAGAAGAAUUAUGCAUAGGCUUUACUACUUGCUAUGAUUGGUCUAUCAUUUGGUUGUAAAAAUUUGACGACUAAUCAUUUUGAUGAGCCCCUAUCAAUAUAAGUAAUGGGGAAGAUAGGUGUCAUCUAUUUGCCAAUUUCUUUUAAUUUUUCAUUUUAGCUAUGAAAUACUUUAGUUUUCGAUUGUUACCAUUGGUCUCGACUCUCGAGUCGUGAACCUCAGUUAUCUUCUUGUAUUUUGGUUGCAAGGCUUGAAAAGUGUUCCAGAUUGAGCCUGAUUGAAGGAACUAGGCUACUUUUCUUAGUUAAAUAAGUAGCCACCAGGCACACUCAUCUACGUGGAUAUUACAGACAUGCACACGCACAGUUCUACAGCUGUUGCAUAUUUUAGAUCUCUAGACAGAUUGUUUGUCUUGAAUUUCUUUGGGUUGUUGAUCGACUCAAUCUCUUGCAUGCAUCUCUUACUUUAUUAGUAUCUUUUCCUUGGAAGGAUCUGCCUGUGAGAUAGCAGGGAUGGAAAUGGUUUAGCAAUUAGGUACUUUAAAUUGUAAGCAAGAUAAAAGGUUUGUACGGGAAGGAAUCUGAGAUUUAGUUAGAUUGUGCCUGGGCUUCCUUUAGUCUAAGGUCAUUGUUAUCUGAGAUGAGUAUUGGUAAGUGAUGCUGCUAGUUUUUGUUAUCUGGCUCGUAUUUAAUGGAUAAGAUUGAUUCUUUUUUCUAGGUGAGGCUCGCUCCAUUGGCUUCAUUUGCCAAUCUUACAUAGUUAAUUUGUUAUACUUUAUGUAAGUCCUCUCGCUAUCACUGAUAAGCAGUUGAGCACUUUGAAAAAAGUGUUUGUUUCCUUCCAA